AUGAACGGCUCAGCGUUUGAAAAACACGACCUCGACGAGGAUGCAUUUGGCGACAAGGGCGUCUCCUCUGGCCUGCGGACAUUCGAUGCAUUUCCCAAGGUCAAGCCAACUUACACAUCUGCCACGGAACGAGGAGGGAAAUGGACAAUAGUAGUCGCAUUCCUCUGCUUUAUGCUUACGUUCUCCGAAAUGCGAAACUGGUGGGCCGGCACGGAGACACAUCACUUCAGCGUCGAGAGAGGGGUCGGACACGAGUUGCAGCUCAAUCUUGACAUUGUAGUAGCCAUGAAAUGCAGUGACAUUCAUGUUAACGUGCAAGAUGCGGCGCUGGACAGAAUAUUGGCAGGUGAUCUGUUGACCAAGGAAGACACAAACUACGAGGCUUGGUUGAAAAGAGCAAGCAGCAAGAAGGGACAUUACACUGCGAAUAUGGAGGGCAAGAACUUUGACAGUUUCGAAGACAAGGAUGCCGACUUGCGCAGACAGCAGGCUCAGGAGGAGGAUAGUCAUGUUCACCAUGUGCUUGGCCACAUGCGCGAGUCAAGGACGAAAAAGAAGUUUGCCAAAGCGCCCAGGUUAAAGAGAGGAGAGAGCAUUGAUGCAUGCCGGUAUUAUGGCAGCCUGGAAGGCAACAAGGUACAAGGCGACUUCCACAUAACAGCCCGAGGGCAUGGCUACCUCGAGCCAGGCGGCCACAAGCAUCUCGACCACACCUCAUUCAAUUUCAGCCAUCAUAUCAAUGAGCUAAGCUUUGGCCCGCACUACCCAAAUCUACUCAACCCAUUAGACAAAACGAGCGAUAACACUGACAAGAACUUUUACAAAUUCCAAUACUACCUCAGCAUCGUGCCAACAAUCUAUACAAAGAGGAGAGUCAGCACAAGAAGCGGCGCACUGGAUCCAGCUGCGAUACCACAACCCGCCACCUUGGACAUGACACCCGAAGACCUACAAAAGGUCAAAUUAGGAGAGAUACCGUCUCACAUCAGCAACCCAAAUAUCGGCAGAGACAGGAAAAGUAUCUUCACAAAUCAAUACGCCGCGCAAAGUCAGAGCAGAGAAGUGAAUCACAACACUAUCCCUGGAAUCUUCUUCAAAUACGACAUUGAGCCCAUAUUACUGAUUGUUAGUGCUCAGAGGUCGAGCUUUUGGUCGUUGUUGUUGAGUUGUGGGAGGCGGGUGGAUGUUUCAACUGACGGAAUGGGGAACUGA